CCAUCAUUCCUGUCGCUCAGCGUUACAUUAACCGAUGAUUCUCACUUACGUGAUGACGUCGCCUAGAGCGACAGAAAAUAUUCAAGAUGGGGCUUGAAAGUACUAUGGUUUGUGUGGAUAACAGUGAAUACAUGCGCAAUGGAGACUUCUUACCCACCAGACUUCAGGCUCAGCAAGAUGCUGUCAACAUCAUCUGCCAUUCAAAAACUCGCAGUAACCCAGAAAACAAUGUGGGACUCAUCACUAUGGCCAAUAACUGUGAGGUCCUGACCACACUGACCCCCGACACUGGGAGGAUUCUCUCCAAGCUUCAUGCUGUUCAGCCUCGAGGAGUUAUCAGCUUCUGUACAGGCAUCAGAGUAGCACAUCUGGCAUUAAAACACAGACAAGGGAAGAACCAUAAGAUGAGGAUCAUCGCCUUUGUUGGAAGCCCUGUGGAGGACCAGGAGAAAGAUUUGGUGAAGAUGGCGAAGCGUCUGAAGAAAGAGAAAGUAAAUGUCGACAUCAUUAACUUUGGGGAAGAGGAGGUGAACACAGAUAAGCUGACUCUGUUUGUAAACACCCUAAAUGGAAAGGAAGGUGUCGGUUCUCACCUUGUAACGGUGCCCCCUGGCCCGAGCCUGGCAGAUGCUCUAAUGUCCUCUCCCAUCAUGGCCGGUGAGGGCGGCACCAUUUUGGGCCUGGGUCCCAGCGACUUUGAGUUCGGAGUGGACCCCAGUGCAGACCCCGAGCUUGCUCUGGCUCUGCGUGUCUCGAUGGAGGAGCAGAGACAGCGGCAGGAAGAGGAGGCACGCAGGGUGGCCGUGGCCUCUGCUUCGGAGGCUGGAGUCACAUCGCCUGCUGCAGAUGAAUCUGAAAAUGCUCUGCUGAAGAUGUCCACGGCUCCUGCCCUUCCUGAUUUUAGCCGCAUGACAGAAGAUGAGCAGAUUGCUUAUGCUCUACAAAUGUCCAUGCAAGGAGGAGAGUUUGGAUCUUCAGAGGUCAUGGAUGUGGAUGCAGGUGCGGCAGCAGAGAGUGAGGCUACUAAGGUGUGUAUUAUGUCAUUGGUGCCAACACAACUGAUUCUUUUCUUUCAAGCCCAUCUUUUGUAUGUUCAGAGAAGAGUUUUUGUCAUUUUUGACAAUGGAAUGAUAAAGGGGUCAUAUGGCACGAAUACGUGUUUUUCUGUGUCUUUGGUGUGUUAUAAGUUGCCCAUGCAUGUAUUAGACAAAAGAUGCAUUCUAUCUAAAAGCGAAUGCUCACCCAGACCUGCCUGAAACGCCUCGUGUAACCACACCCCCACAAAUCUACGUCAGUUCGUGGUAUGAUUUGACUAAGACCGCCCAAAUGUAUACGCAAGUAAGGUGGGCGUACCUGUCAGCACAAUUGCUUUGGAACCUGAUGUUCCAAAUAUGGUAAGAG